UUAAAAAUAUUUACUACUUUUUAUUUUGCAAUGCUGGUGCUGCUCUGUGCAUCACCACACGUGUGGACCACCCGUAGCAAGUGCUCAAACGCCCCCCCUAUAAAGCCCUCCCAAAUCUUCUGUGACUGCCGCUCAUACCAACGCCUCCUACCCUUGCACAUUUUCGAUCUUCCCUUUCAUUCUCCGCCCGCCGGGAUUUUCCCAAUGGACCUCCGCCGCCGCCAACCCAAACCUUCCCGCAUUCCCCCCUCACACGGUGACCUCCACCGUUUUAAUGACAAGGAACAACAAUCUUCUUCAAUUGAUGAGCUCUCGCGAUCUCCAGCGCCCAAAGCGUCGGACGCGCUCCCUCUCCCGCUCUACCUAACUAACGCCAUUUUCUUCACGCUUUUUUUCUCCGUCGCUUACUACCUCCUCCAUCGCUGGCGCGACAAGAUCCGCAACUCCACUCCCCUCCACGUAGUCACGCUCUCUGAGAUCGCUGCCAUUGUCUCCCUCAUCGCCUCCUUCAUCUACCUCCUCGGUUUCUUCGGCAUCGAUUUCGUCCAGUCCUUCAUCGCACGCGCUUCUCACGAGCCCUGGGAACUUGACGAUGAAUCUGAUCCUAACUAUGUCAACACUCACCGCCUCGUCACCUGCCCUCCCGCGCAAGCGGCCUCAAUCUCUGCUCCUCCUCCGAGACUGCCCAAUCCCGAACCAUUAAUUACAACUUUAGCCUCUGAAGAAGACGAGGACAUCGUAAAGUCCGUCGUCGACGGUACCAUCCCGUCCUAUUCGCUCGAAUCCAAGCUCGGAGACUGUAAGAGAGCUGCGGCAAUUCGCCGCGAGGCAUUGCAGAGGACGACGGGGAAGUCCCUGGAGGGGCUGCCUUUGGAAGGAUUUGAUUACGAGUCGAUUUUAGGUCAGUGCUGCGAAAUGCCGAUAGGAUUCGUGCAGAUUCCGGUGGGUAUCGUGGGGCCUUUGCUGCUGGACGACUAUGAAUACUCGGUACCGAUGGCGACCACGGAGGGGUGCCUGGUGGCGAGCACCAAUAGGGGCUGCAAAGCGAUCUAUGCGUCCGGUGGUGCAACCAGCGCGUUGUUGAAAGAUGGCAUGACCAGGGCGCCUGUUGUACGGUUCGGGUCAGCCAAACGAGCAGCGGAGUUGAAGUUCUUCAUGGAGAAUCCCGAUAAUUUCGAUACCUUGGCCGUCGUUUUCAAUAGGUCAAGUAGAUUUGCAAGACUUCAAGGUGUUCACUGUUCCAUCGCGGGAAAGAAUCUGUUUAUGAGAUUCUGCUGCGGCACAGGUGACGCAAUGGGGAUGAAUAUGGUCUCAAAGGGAGUUCAGAAUGUCCUAGAAUUCCUGCAGAACGAUUUCCCUGACAUGGAUGUGAUUGGCAUCUCUGGAAACUUCUGCUCUGACAAGAAACCUGCUGCCGUGAACUGGAUCGAAGGUCGUGGGAAGUCAGUUGUUUGUGAAGCGAUUAUAAAGGAAGAGGUGGUUAAAAAGGUACUUAAGACCAGCGUUUCUAGCCUUGUAGAGCUCAAUGUGCUGAAGAAUCUUGCUGGCUCAGCUGUUGCGGGCUCUCUUGGUGGAUUUAACGCCCAUGCUAGCAAUAUUGUUUCUGCAAUCUUUAUUGCUACUGGUCAGGACCCUGCACAAAAUGUUGAGAGUUCUCACUGCAUCACCAUGAUGGAACCUCUUAAUGAUGGGAAGGAUCUUCACAUAUCUGUGACCAUGCCUUCAAUUGAGGUGGGUACAGUUGGAGGCGGUACUCAACUUGCAUCUCAAUCUGCUUGCCUGAAUUUGCUUGGCGUGAAGGGUGCAAACAGAGAGUCACCAGGGUCGAACUCAAGACUCUUGGCGACCAUUAUUGCAGGUGCAGUUUUGGCAGGAGAACUUUCCCUGAUGUCUGCCAUUGCAGCCGGCCAGCUCGUGAAGAGUCAUAUGAAAUACAACAGAUCUAGCAAGGAUGUCUCGAAGGUUGGUUCUUAAAACCAAGAAAGUGAUCCCAUGAUUGAACUACAAAUAAGAAGUAGGAACUAAGUAAGAGAAGGGAACUUGGGGAAAGAAGAAAACAAGGUGGUUGUUGGUCCACAUUUUGUUGCUUGGCUUUCAUAGCUGUAAAGUCUGCAAUUAUAUGGAAAGAGGGCCAUGACCCGACUGUUACUGGUCCAUCUUAGAAUGCAAUGGUGAGGCAAAAUUCUCUGAACAAUUAUUUGGUCUCCCUUCCCUUCCUCAGUGUUGUGCCUAGUUGUGAUUUUUUUUUUUUUUUUAAUUUUGUUCCUUUUUUUCCCCUUUGUUAGGUAGUGCUAUUUGUUUUGUACUUUGUAGUUUGGGACCAUAGUUGUGUUAGAAAGUGGUCCUAGUCGUAGUGGUUUGAUGUUUUUUUUUUUUUUUUUGCCCUUUCUGUCGUCUUUGUACACAAGAACCAGACCUCACAUUCAGAUGAACUCAAUGACACUGGUGCUUUCAUGGCUUGUAAUUA